AUGGACCCUUUCACUCAGAACAUACUAGAGCGCGCAGAAAAACGGGCUGCUGCCCUCGGCAUUACGAAUACUUCAAAGUUUCCUCUGUCGGAGUUCAAUUAUGAAACGGACAAACAAUCUACGGGAGCAUCGCCUAAGAAGAAGGUUGUGGCGAAGAAGCAUUCUGCUCCGAAGCCCCCCACCGCGGCAACGAGCGUCGUUUCUACGCGUACGGCAACGGAUGGUGAACGUACCACCACGGUGGACAUUGGAGGUCAGGAUAACUGCGAUGUGGCACUGGAAAUAAACAUCACCACCAGUGCCAACCUGCAGGUCGAUCUAGGCGUCAAGGAGUUGGAGAAUGAUGGAAGUGUUAAAAAGCAGUGGGAACACAACAUAGUACGUGCCAUUGAGACGGCGGUCGCUGCCGAAGGCGAAAAGGAAAAUAAUGCCGAGACGAGAUGCAUCAUACGUGAUCAGUCUCGAAAUCAGCUACAGCGUCUUGGCACGCUGUACUCUGAUACGCAAGAUCUGUCUUCGCCGGUACACCGAACCGAGGGCCGAUUUCAUGAGGACGUGAAGCAAAGUAACAAGCCGAAACCAAAGCUGGCAAAGCUAGCGAUGUUGGCCGAUUCGAUCAACAAUUGGGAGGACGAUACGUCUCAUCCAGACAUUACGCACCAUCGCGAAACGAUCGUGCCGGGUAGAGAGAAAAAAUCACCAAAUCGACUUCAAAGCCCAAAACGCACAGGAGGAGAUGCAUACGCGGGUACAGGUGCAACUCCGAAGAAGUAUCCUGCACCCAAUCCGCCAAAAUCGAUUUUAAGUCCGCAUAAACCGGCCGUAAGCGCGGAGGCGUUGGGAGCAACAGGUAAACCGCAGCAAACAAAGAGUCUCAAAUGGGAUCAAAAGGUAAUGGACACACUUGAAUCACAAGGUUUCCAAAGGCGCGAAUCGACCGCACCAAAACUGGUGUACGAUUAUAAGGAUGAAAGGGAUGGGAAAAAACCCGACAAUUUUCGUGCUCCGACGGCAUCGUCCGCUAAUACUAUGUCUCGAGAGCGUAGCUCCACCCAAAUGGACAAAGCUGCUGAGAGUAAAAAACCCACAAUUGUGCAGGAACAGAAAAAGAAUCCCGGGGCAGGGAUUGCAGCUCCGAAACAAGGCGGGCUGGUUUCGGGACGGGCAGCCAUGUUCGAAAAACCCUCAGGCCGUCGGCAGUCAAUUUUAAAACCAGGGCAAAAAGAUCCCGCCGAAAUGUCGCUUAAAGAACGCAUGGCUAUAUUCGAAAAGAACAAGGGUGCUGCGUUGGUGCCGAAGGCGGCAUUCGGCAUAAGUCCGUCGAUACGACAAAUUACCGGAAAUAAGGAUGGUGGAAAGUCUUCCUCGUCUCCAUCUUCAUGUGCCGCCAUCCAAGGCGCCGGUUUUGGAAGUAUUACACAGCAAGCCAAGUUGGUCGCACCGGCGUCACCGCAAAGCAAACCGAAAUCGGAACUGGGAAAACCGGCUCCAAAGAUUGAAACGAAAGCCACUGGAUCGGCCAUUCGAAAUACAGUGGAGGCGUUGAUGUCCGACACCAGCACGAUAUCGCAAUCGGAAAUAGCGGAAGAAAUUCGUCGUAUGCGACAACAAGAGAUGGAGAUGUUGCUCAAUCGCUUUACCAAGCCGUCGGAUAUGUCUUCGGAUACAGUUUCGCAUGAAUCCCAACCCAUCCCGUCUGCCCCUCCGAUGCCACCGGAGGGCUACUUGACGGCCAGUGGCAAGAAGAAAAAAUCCACCGAGAAUAACGACAACCAUCCUGGAUUGCCUACCAAGCGUCGCAGCGAUGGUACGAACGACAGUCCUGGUGUGAUUGCUGCCCUAGACGAUGUGAAGCGCAUCCGAGUGUCGGCAACGAACAAGGAUGGUCGUAUGUAUCCGGCCCUGAGCGACAUUGAAACGACCGGAACUGAAUCCGGUGAUGAGGCUGCUCCAGGUGAUGAUUACACCACUGCCACCAUGUCUGGGUCGGAAUCAUCGGAGCGUCCCUACCGCACAUGCUAUGGAAAUAUAGGCGAUGAUGCGCAUGCUGAGAUGGUUGAUGAAGAGGAAGAUGAUUACGACGACGAUGAAUAUGAGCAGCACGAGGUGGAUGAGGAUGACGACAGUUUCAUGUAUUCUGACGACGAAGCGAACAUCGCGAACGUUAGCCUAGGGCGUGAGAUUUUGCAAGCUGUCCAGCUGAAUGAUCGCCGUUCGAGCCGUGGAAAGCGUCAGAGUCAAAACUGGAACGUAAGUUGCCCAAAUGAACAGAAUCCUCCGGCCUCGAAAACUGUUUCGUUUGGUCCUGAGCAUUCCAACGGGAGCGGAGGUUCGGAUCAGCUGGAAGACAGUGAUCUGGUCGAUGCGUGCCUCGAGGAAGCGUUUGUUGACGAAGAAGAAGAGGACAGUGAAGCAUUCGAUACACCUCGUAAGUCGUCAGUUUCGUCCAAUAGUUUUUCCUACCAAAAACAUUCGGGACACGGUGGCGAUCGUUGCGCCACAAUUGACGAAGAAUCGACCACAAAGGUAACGAAUUGUGGUGCGAACAAGCGAAAAUCCGCCACUCCGCGUAGAAGCAAAGGUGGUGCGGUCGAUUACAGCAGUCCCGUGCGUUCGGAGCUGCAGGUGAAACCAACCGACGAUGACAACAUGGUAACGCUGGUCCACACCGUCAGCUUUUAUCGCCGUCAGCAGCAACAUCAAAAUGCACUAACUCCUCGCAAGGUUCCACGAACUCCUGUAACGACGAAAGCGACAGCAUCAUCAUCCGUUGGCACCGGCAGAGUAGAUUUCACAGCAGCAAACGGCUCGGAUGAAGAGGAUGACGAUGAGGAGGUUUCUAGCACUGCUGAAUCGACGUCCACCGGCACUGAGGAAGGAGAGUUUCUGGUGCAGGAGAAGGUAAAGAAGCUGUUAGACGAAGUGUGCAAACAGCAGACGAUCAUUGCCCAGGCCAGUCAGGCACUAAAUCUAUGUGCUGCUACGAUCGAGUUCUCUGGUUCGACGGAAUCGGCUGAAGGCGAGCGGCAUCUACUUGUUGCAACUCAUCGACGUCAAGCUAUUUUGGAUGAAGUACAACGGCUCCGAGUGGAAGGUUGUCUUCGGUCACCGGGUGCUCCAUCAGAGAAGGGUCGAUUAACUGUGAAGGAUAUUACGCUGCCUCUCAAGCAAGAAUACAUGCGCAAGCUGGCUGCGGACCAAAUAAGCGGCCAUAAUCUGGUUUGUCUGCUGAAAUACAAUGAAACCGUAUUGGCCACCCAGACGGCACCGACACUGCCUGGGCUACUAUCGGUGCGGUUUCCCGACGUGCUGCAGUUGAGUAAUGUGUUUGCUGAUUUUAAGAUUACAAUGGAAAUUUACGGAAUGCCUGCAUCACGAGAGGUGCUUCCGCACGAGAUCAAAUACCACAUCGCUGUAGGCAAAAAGAAGGCCGGUGGAGGCACAAGCAAAUUGCUGCACACACCCAAGGGCGUUAAGAGCAACUCCAGGCUUAUCAUGCCGCCAGUACAGUCUCCUGCCGGUCCGCAAGCAGUCCGAUCGCCCUCGCUUACGAUGUACGGGUUCAUUAUUUUUUCGUUGAAGGAGAUUCAGCGAACAAGCUGGACGCUCAAUCCCAUCGCUGGAUGUGCCAGUCCGCUCGAUGGUACGGUCAACAUGCGUGUAAAUUGCGAACUUGCUGUUACGGUUGACUAUCACGGUUUCCUCACCAUGUACGAGGACAUAUCGGGACUGGGCGCGUGGCACCGACGAUGGUGUCGGCUGCAACGUCACACGAUCAACUACUGGAAGUAUCCAGAUGAUGAAAAGCGAAAGGCUCCGAUCGGUAGCAUUGAUUUGCAGGGUUGCAGCACGCAACGUGUGGGAGUUGCGCCACGUGAUAUCUGCUCACGCCUAAACACGCUGAUGCUGGAAUUCCCGCGUCCCGCUCGGGAUGAUGACAUCGAAUCACUGAAAAUCGUCCGCCAUGGCAAGACCACUAUUGAACGGUAUUUGCUAUCGGCCGAUUCAAAGGAAGAACGGGACGAAUGGUGCGCCCAUCUGAACAAAACUCUAGCACUGCUCAAAGCGUGGGGCUCCAACAACUCCAGUUAG